CUCUAGCGCUUUAGCCUCUUCGGUGUCGGCCCUCUGCAUUGGCGAUUGUUCUCUUCUUCUGAAACGAAGGCGAAUAAUCCGAGUUGUCAAGGUUGGAAACUUUUCUUGAUUGCAUUUCUGAAGGACAUCGUGAAACUAACAGAUUUGCAACCAUUUGUUCCGCUUCAAGCAGUAAUUUUGGUUCUAUUCUAGGGCUUCUAAAGAUCCGGUCCUUAUAUUUGGAGAUUUAGUAAGCUUACCAUUCUGAUUCACCUGCUUACUCUGCAUGCAUUUGUCUCAAUUCUCUAAUGAUGAAUAAUCUCUAGCUGUUAUUGGAAUACUGCAGUGACUUGUCUAUCAUGCCUCGUAAAGUAUCCUAUGGACUGGAUUAUGACGACGACGCAUAUGACUAUGAAGAUUAUGACUAUGAUUAUGAUGAGCAAGAGACGUAUGAGGCAGCUCAGACAAAACAACAGCCUCUGAAAAAGGUUGGUGUGUGGCAAUGCCCCAUCUGUACAUAUGAUAAUGAAGAUGAUACUUCUGCUUGUGACAUAUGUGGUGUUCUACGUAGUCCUUUGGUGAAGGCUUGCAGUAACGGAAGCAGUGACACAGUUGAUGGCAUGUGCAAAGAUUCUGGAGUAUCUAUAAUGGCCAAGUCCCUUUUUGCAUCAUUGCCGCAUUCAAUACCAAGCAAAGCUGUUACUUUUCAGCACGGUGAUACUAUGAAUGAAGAAUCCAAUAGCUUCCAAAAGCACGGAAUUAUGCCUUCUCAUCUAUUAUAUAAAGAUUUUUUGUCACAAAAACAACGAUUUGAUAUAGCACCUUUCAAGUUUGACGUCCCAUCUCCAGAUGAAUUAGUAUCAAAAGGGUUGUUGAAAUCCUUUAAAAUGCCAUCAACAGUGAAAGUCAAUAGGUCUUCCUCAGAUGUUCCUUCAAAACUGAAACAGGAAAAAAGCACUGUUUUGCCAUCCCAGUCGGCUUCUAAAGUCUAUGUUAGCAGUGAAGAGGACGCUGUAUCUUCUAAAGAUGGAGGCCAGCCACAAAGUCUCACGAGUAAUCUAAAUAGCAUGAAUUUGAAUGCCAAAGCUGGCUCCUCUAAGAAUGCACGCACUCGAGGAGCUGCAUCUCAGGCUAAGUAUAAGCCUGAGAAGUGGAUGUUACCUGACCAAGCUGAAGAUGGACUCGCCCAAUUAAAUCUUGCAAUAGUUGGUCAUGUUGAUUCUGGGAAAUCAACACUCUCUGGAAGGCUGUUACAUCUCUUGGGACAAAUAACGCAUAAGGAAAUGCACAAAUAUGAAAAAGAGGCUAAGUCAAUGGGAAAGGGCUCGUUUGCUUAUGCUUGGGCAUUAGACGAGAGUGCGGAGGAAAGAGAAAGGGGGAUAACCAUGACAGUUGCGGUUGCAUACUUUGACACCAACAAAUAUCAUGUAGUUGUUCUUGAUUCUCCUGGCCAUAGAGAUUUUGUACCCAAUAUGAUAACCGGUGCAACUCAAGCAGAUGCAGCAAUCCUCGUUAUUGAUGCCUCAGUUGGUGCCUUCGAAGCAGGCAUCGACAGCUUUGGAGGCCAAACGAAGGAGCAUGCUCACCUCAUUAGAAGUUUUGGUGUUGAUCAAAUCAUAGUUGCUAUUAACAAAAUGGAUGUUGUUCACUACUCUAGAGACCGUUUUGACGCUAUAAAACAACAAGUCACAAUGUUUCUCAGAUCGUGCGGUUUCAAAGAUUCUUUUAUGACGUGGGUCCCAUUGAGUGCUAUGGAAAACCAGAAUUUGAUAGCUCCUCCUAAUGAUCCACAACUCUUGUCCUGGUAUAAAGGUCCUUAUCUAUUGGAAGCUAUAGAUUCUCUCCAGCCACCUACAAGGGAUUACUCAAAACCCGUUUUGAUGCCCAUAUGCGACGUUGUCAGACUGCAAUCUGCUGGACAGGUUUCAGCUUGUGGAAAGCUGGAAACAGGAGGUCUUCGAAGUGGCUCCAAGGUUCUGGUUUUGCCUUCUGGAGAUAUCGGGACAGUGCGAUCCUUGGAGCGAAAUUCCCAAUCUUGCUCCGUCGCGAGAGCUGGAGAUAAUGUUUCUAUUUCUCUUCAAGGCUUUGAUGUUAACCAAGUGAUGGCUGGAGGUGUCCUUUGUCACCCUGAUUUUCCAGUUGCAGUUUCAAAUAAUUUGGAACUUAAAAUUCUAGUUUUGGAUAUCGCCACUCCAAUUUUAGUUGGAUCUCAGUUAGAGUUCCAUAUACACCAUGUGAAGGAGGCGGCAAGAGUCUCCAAAAUAUCAUCACUACUAGACCCGAAGACAGGCAAUGUUAAGAAGGUGAUGCCUCGAUGCUUGACAGCAAAACAGAGUGCGAUAAUAGAGGUGGUUCUUGAAGAAUCAGUUUGUGUAGAAGAGUUUUCUAAAUGUAAGGCGCUUGGAAGAGCUUUCCUGAGAUCAAUGGGAAGGACUAUUGCUGUUGGCAUAGUAACAAAGAUAUUAGACCAGCCUGAAUAGAUGGAUCUAUUACAUUAUGUUACAUUCGGAAUGGGACCAACUGUUUUUGGUUCGUUCUCGAUAUUUCUACGAGUUUUAUGCCGAAUCAUAAUCAGACGUAAACAGCCCAAGAAUUUGUUCGGAAACAAGUUUAGUGUUCUUUUAUUUUGUACAAUAGUAAUUGGAUUUAGCAAUUUCUAGAUUUACUUUGGUUUGGGUAUUUUUCACUUGUGCUUUGUUUUCCCUAUAGAAAUGUAGUUGUAUCUCAUUGAAACUCUUUCAAACAAAUAUAAAAAAUCUAGAAUGCAUAUUGUUUUUGUUA